AUGGCCGAGGGGCAGCGCGGCAGGGCGCCCAGCGCCGGCUUUGACGAGGAGCUCGAUGCCAUGUUUGCAGCAGCGCCGCCGCCGCCGCCACCCAGAGUACCCGUGCCCGCACCAGAGGCGCCGCCGGCCCCCGCGCCGCCGGCGGAGGACGCGGCCGACUUCUCAGGGCUCUCGGACGACGAGUACGCCGAGGAAGCCGCGGCGGUCCGCGACAUUCUCGCAUCCAAGGACGGGCCACGCAAGAGAAAGCCCGUCCUCGAACACGCGGACGACAGCGACCUCGACCGCCACAAGCGCACCCUCUUUGUGGGCAACGUGCCUGUCUCUGCGCUCACGACGCGCGCCGUACGCAAGCAGUUCCAGCGCCACGUGGAAGCCGUGUCGCCGUACCCCGACUGCACGCAGGUCGUGUCGCUGCGCUUCCGCAGUGUCUCGUUCCGUGUGCCGACGAGCGGCGCUGCGCCCAGAGACGAGACGCCCGGCCCGUCUACCAAGCGCCGCGAGCGCGCGCGCCUCUUCCGCGAGCGGCAGGGCGGCAGCGAAGCGCCGCCGCCGCUCACCGCGCAGCAAAAGCGCAAGAUCGCCUACAUCCGGCAGGACCUGAACGAGCGCGCCGAGUCGGUCCAUGCCUACGUGCGCCUCGGCGACCCGGCGCUGGUGCGCGCGCACCGCCAGCCCAGCGGCGAGGCGCACGACGCGCGCCUGAGCGGCCCCGUGCUGGCCGCCCUGCUCGCACGCGCGCUCGAUAACACCGUGUUCGAAGGGCGCCACUUGCGUGCGGACACCGUGCAGCCGCUCGAGCCGCACGAGAUCGUCGCGGCCGGGCUCGACCGGGUGCAGCUGCCUGACGGCACCUCGCUGAGCCACCGCAGUGCCAGCGCCGUGGACCCGAAGCGCACCAUCUUUGUGGGCAACCUCGACUUUGAGGCGCAGGAGGAAGAGGUCCGCGCGCUCUUUGAGAGGCUCGUGCGCGAAGAGCGUGGCGAGCCGCCGCUCGUGCCGUCGCAGGCCGUGCGGCUCGAUGGGACGCCAGCGUCGGACGCUAUGCGCCCCGGCGAAUGGGUAGAGAGCGUCCGCAUCGUCCGCGACAAGGCGACGCAGCUCGGCAAGGGCUUUGCCCUCUGCGUGGACGAAAUGGUCGCGCUGCACGACGCAGAGGCCGCGUUCGUCGCGGCCGGCCGGCACUCGGCGCGGCCCGCCGCACGCCCCAUCCAGCUGGCGGAGGGCCAAGAGUUCCGCCGCCGCAUGAAGCUGCGCAAGCGCGCGCUGCGCGUCUCGCGCUGCAAGGCGACGACGGGCGACGAGUCGCGUAAGCGCGCGCCGCCCGCCGACUCACCACGCACGCCCCCGAAGCGCCGCCUGCCGGAGUCGCUUGCGCGCGCGCGUGCGAGUGGCGCGCCCACGCCCCAUGGCUCCUCGCCCGGCGUGCGUCCCGACAUGGCUGCGGACCUAUCGAGGCUCAGCAAGGAGCAGCGCGCCGCCCUCAAGAAGAGCGAUCCUGCGCGCCAGGCGCGCCGCCUGCAGAAGAAGCAGGCGAAGAAGGUCGCUGCCAAAGUCGGCCAGGGGCGCGAGCGCGUCAAGCUACCGCAGCGCAGCGUCGCCAAGAAGAUGGCCCGCGCCAAGCGCGCCUAG